CUGCAGCGAGAAAUCCGCGAACGUUAUCUUUAGCGCGAUGAAAGAGAGCAACUGUAAUCCCAAGUUGUAGUUUUCGGUGAUCAUCCUGACGCCAUCUCGUUUUCCGACAUUUUGAGCAUGUACAGCGACGCGGAAGUGGCAAAUUUCCGGUUCGUCGAACUCAACGACAUCAAGAAAACAGUGUGCAUUAUGCACUCAUCAGGCACUACAGGGAUGCCGAAAGGCGUCGAAAUGUCCAAUUACUGUCUCUUACGUAUUAGUGAGGAUAAUAAUCUGGAUAUGACCAAUGCGGUGUCAAUUUGGUUCUCGUCACUCUAUUGGAUCAGCGGAAUAUUAAUGAACCUAAAAUCGAUCGUGCAGGGCGCCAAAGUGAUCCUUUAUCCGGAAUUCGAUGAAGAGAUGACGUGUAUACUGAUCGAGAAAUACAAUGUAACAGUGAUUUUUUUAAGCACGAGUAUGAUAAAUCGGUUUCUCAGAGCGGGUUACGUAAAGAAGUAUUCAUUACCAUCUUUGAGAGUUAUAAUUUGUGGCGGCGCGAUAAUCAAGCCAAAAGCACAGAAAGAAAUGAGAUGUAUCCUACCGCAUGUUCAGAUGUUACAAGGUUACGGAAUGACAGAACUCGGUGGAAUCGCGACGUUGCAGCUUCCACAUCACAAAGAUGGAUCUUGCGGGACAGUAGCCGAGAAUGUGGAAAUGAAGGUCGUGGAUCAAGAGAAUGGAAAUGUCCUUGGUCCAAAUAAUCCUGGAGAAUUAUGGGUAAAGACAGUGACCAUAAUGAAUGGCUAUUACAGAAAUCCUGAAGCGACGAAAAGUACUAUUGACGAAGAAGGAUGGCUGCAUUCGGGUGACAUCGGUUAUUUCGACGAAGACGGAGAACUCUUCAUUAUCGAUAGAAUUAAAGAGCUCAUAAAGUAUAGAGGAUGUCAAAUCUCACCUGCAGAAAUCGAAGGUGUUUUGAUAUUACAUCCAGCAGUAUUGGAAGUUGCAGUACUAUCAGUGCCUCAUGAAAUAGACGAUGAACAUCCUAUUGCUUAUGUCACUAAAAUGCCCGGAGCCAAGGUGACAGAACAAGAAUUAAUAGAUUUGGUGGCACAAAAUAUGAUGGAUCAAUAUAAACUUCGUGCUGGAGUUAAAUUUUUGGAUGCAUUUCCUUAUACAGGUUCAGGAAAAAUUGCAAGGAAAGAAUUGAGAGCGAUGAUUAAGAAAUUAUUCAAAUAAAACAACAGCAUAUAUAUUUAUAUUUUCU